GUCCCUGCAGCAGAGCUGAGCAAGCGGCGCGCGCCGCGCGUGCCCCGCAGCCGAGAGGAGAGAGGAGCGUGCGAGAGAGCGUCGAGGAGCGUUCACGGAACCAGCGAAGAUGGACGGAGUGGGAUCGUUCGGAGCGGGCCGCGCCGGGUCCACUGUCGACCCAAUCAGCUUCGCCAAACAGCCGCAGACCAUCCUCAGAGUUUUGUCGUGGAUCUUCUCGCUGGUGGUCUUCGCCUCCAUCGUGAACGAGGGCUACGUGAACAUAGGCAGCGAGCGUCUGUACUGCAUCUUCAACAAAAACGCAGACGCGUGCAACUACGGCGUGUUCGUGGGCCUGGUGGGCCUGCUGGCCUGCUCCUUCUUCCUGCUCCUCGACUACAAAUUCUCUUCUAUCAGCUCCGUCAAAGACCGCAAGAAGGCCGUCAUGCUCGAGAUCGGCUUCUCAGGUUUCUGGGCCUUCUUGUACUUUGUAAGUUUCUGCUUCCUGGCCAACCAGUGGUCUCGAACGACGAGCGACGAGCUGCCCCUCAACCAGGGCGCCGACGCAGCUCGGGCCGCGAUUGCCUUCUCUUUCUUCUCCAUCAUCACUUGGGCUGGUCUCACCGUGCGCGCGGUGCAGAAGUACCUGCUGGGUACUGACAUGACCCUGUUCACCUCGGAGCACCUGGACGGCGCAGCACCCACCCAGCCGUGCCCAUCCAACUCACCGGGGGGAGGGGGCACCACCGAGCCUACGGAGACCUACCAAAACCCUCCGUUUACAGAGAACAAUGCGGCGCCCACUUACCAGGUUCCCAUUUACUAGAUAGGGAAAGGUGACGCGGCGGCUCCCUGCGGUCAGCGCGGGCAGAAUUUUCAGUGAGGUUACAAGAAUAAUCAGGUUUUGUUUCCUCCUCUUGUUGUUUACGUGAACAUUCCAGCUUUAUCUGCGCUUUUCUAGACUCACCUUCACGCAGAUUAGGAAAAGAAUAACGACUGAAAACGGGAGGAGGGAGCGUAGAAGACGAGGCCGUUUCGCAGUAUUCACACCCAAAAUAGGAUCUCAUCACGUAAAGCGACAAAAAGCACCUUCACUUGAAGUCCAAACUAUUCCCUCUCAUGCCAAACAGUUCUGGGGAAUGUUUUUUUGUUUACUCCAUGUCAAUGUGUGUGUUUUUUUUUUUUUUUUUACUUUUCCUCCCUCUGCGGUUUAACAGCGACGAUGCGUAUCCAAUCUGCAUGUUUCCAAAUGUAGAGAUAGCAACUCAAGUGCCAUAUUGUACUGACAGUGACUUAAACCGAGUAGAUGUACACAAACCCAUCAUCAUCAUCAUCAUCAUCAUCAUCAUCA